AUGGUUAACGACGAAACGGGGCUGGCAGAGUCACAGGAGCUGCGGUCGCUGUCGGGGAAAGACAACCAGAAGGCCACGUCGCUUGUGAUCGAGCCGCCGAGGCCCGGACACGCUUUUGGACAAGUUGUGCGCGCUGAGUGCAGUGGUGGUCAGAUGCCUGGAAGUUGGGGAGCCAUGCAAGUCGGAGGCGGGGCCGUGGUUGAACCCGCGGGAGACAGCCUCGAUCAUCUGUACCAUGCAUGGAAAAGCGAUGGAGCUAUGGAGACACCCUUCACAUACGAGACCACAGGAGACCAGGGUGGGGCUCAGUUGUCGACAAUACCCUCAAGCGGCGGGGUUGUGAUGAAGGCUCCAGCAACCAGCGGCUGUGGUGUUAUGCUGUUGAACAAUGGGCGCCUGAACACUGUCACAUCUGCGAACCUCCAGGUAACACACAGUGGUGGUGUUGUGUCCCCCCACGCCGCGAGUGUUGACUCAGACAAAAGUUCAAGCUUGGCUGACGUGGAGAUGCUGCUUCCCCAGACACCUCUGCAAAAGCCUGAGAGGAAGAGGGGCCCUGAGAUCCCCAUCGAAACAGUGGAGCAAAUGGCUGCAAAGGGUAUGUUGGUGAGGCAGUACCAAGGGGCCGCUUCUGGGGUCAUGUUCCAGGCGAAGAGAAUGCAUCCCCUGGACGCAGCGGGCGCUAGCAUGGGUUCUGUUGACCAGUCUACAGCAGGGGGAUAUCUCCCAGCCAGCAGCCUUCAAUUUUCUGCUGCAUUGGUGCCACCCAAUGCUUCUCACAGCAUGCUUCUGGACAACAAGCAAGUGCUUACCCCAGCCAGUGUUGCUUACAAUGCGCUGUAUGGGCAGCAGCUACAUAGUCUUUCUCCCAGAACGAGGAGUGGGUCUCUGGGACCCAUCAAGUUCCCAUCUGCUGGGUCAGUUGGGGAGAUGACGGGCCAACAUGUCCAGUUUGGGAUUGCUCAGAUGCCUGGGAGCAAUACCCAGGCAGUUGCUGCCGCCCAAGCUGCAGUCCACCAGUCUCAGGCUAUGAGCACCAGGUCCAGUGCAUUGGAGGCCGUCAGGUCUGGAAUCCUUGGAAGUGACAACCUUGUGAGAGCCAUCCCAGGAAGGCUGGCACCCAUUGGGAGGAGCAUGCAGCAGCAGCAGGUGUUUUCUGGGCUGGACAGCACUGGCCUCCCCAGUUUCAGCGAUGGCUAUGGCCUAGAAGACAGUCAGGAUCACACCACACCGAAGAGGCGGGUCCAACGCAAGAGGGAGAACCUGCCAAAGGAGUCAACUGCGCUGUUGAAGCAAUGGCUGCUGUCUCACAUGCUCCUUCCCUACCCAGGCAACGAAGAAAAGCUGGCACUGUGCCGUGCCACCAACCUGGACAUGGCACAAAUCAACAAUUGGUUCAUCAAUGCUCGUGUCCGGAUCUGGAAGCCUCUGGUGCAGAAGGUGUUUGACAAGUAUGAGCCUGUACUGAAGAAGCAGGCAGAGGAGGAGAAAGACGAGCAGCAACUGAAGCGUAUUCAUGAUGCGCGCAAGUCAUCUACACUGAACAUGAUCACUUUGCUGUCUGGGCUUCCAGAGGCCAGGAAAGAACUGGAUGAAAUAGCAUCCAAGUCGAAGGCCCUCAGCAAGGACGGUUAA